ACUGCCGUCUGUCUUUAAACCCUAACCAGACAAUGGCUGCAAAACCCUCCUCAUUCCCUCUCUCUUUCUAACCCAACCUGUACCCAUUGAUUCAUCAAGGCGAUUGCAAAAUGGCGCCUCUAGCUGCUUCCAAGCAGAUCCAUUUGAAUCCCAAUCUCGUCAGGCUCUCAUCCCCGUUUUCCUUCAAAUCGGCCUUCUUCUGCUCCCCCACGCCGCCCAACGACGAAACCCCCAUCCUAAAUCAGGAGAAUCCUAUCCCAAAUGAACAACUCCCCAUCUCCGCAGAUCCAAUUUCAUCACCAGAAGCGAUGGUGCCCGCGUCGCCUUUCCGAGAACUCAGGCGCCCUAAGAACCCGGAAAAAAUAGAGGAUACUAUUUGCAGAAUGAUGGAUAAUCGACCCUGGACGACCCGCCUCCAGAACUCAAUCCGGCAGCUGGUGCCGAGCUUCGACCACGAGCUCGUUUACAAUGUGUUGCACGGCGCCAAGAACUCGGGUCACGCGCUUCAGUUUUUCAGGUGGGUCGAGAGAUCGAAUCUUAUUCAGCACGAUAGGGAGAGCCAUCUCAAGAUGAUUGAAAUUCUCGGGAGGUCUUCGAAGCUCAAUCACGCUAGGUGCAUUCUGCUGGAUAUGCCCAAAAAAGGUUUGAAUUGGGAUGAGGAUUUGUGGGUUGUGAUGAUUGAUAGCUAUGGGAAGGCGGGUAUAGUUCAGGAGAGUGUGAAGUUGUUUCAGAAAAUGGAGGAAUUAGGAGUGGAUCGGACUAUUAAGAGCUAUGACGUUCUGUUCAAAGUGAUUAUGCGUAGGGGGAGGUAUAUGAUGGCGAAGAGGUAUUAUAAUAAGAUGUUGAGUGAGGGGAUUGAGCCAACUAGGCAUACCUUCAACGUUUUGAUUUGGGGAUUUUUUCUUUCGGGGAAGGUGGAGACUGCGAAUAGGUUCUUUGAGGAUAUGAAGGCGCGUGAGAUUAUGCCGGAUGUGGUCACGUAUAACACAAUGAUUAAUGGGUAUAAUCGAGUUGGGAAAACGGAGGAGGCAGAGGCGUACUUUGUGGAGAUGAAAGGUAGGAACAUUGAGCCUACUGUGAUUACGUAUACAACUUUGAUCAAGGGGUAUGUUGCAGUGGAGAGAGUGGAUGAUGCAUUGAGGUUGGUGGAGGAGAUGAGGGGAUAUGGGAUUAAGCCAAAUGCUGUCACCUAUUCAACCUUGUUGCCGGGCCUUUGUGAUGCAGAGAAGAUGUCUGAGGCUCGGGCUGUGUUGAGGGAGAUGGUGGAGAAGCACAUUCCACCUAAGGAUAACUCGAUUUUCAUGAAACUGAUGCUUGGCCAAUGCAAGGUGGGUGAUUUGGAUGCUGCAGUUGAUGUGUUGAAGGCGAUGAUUAAGCUGAGUAUUCCAACGGAAGCAGGGCAUUACGGUGUUCUCAUUGAAAAUUGCUGCAAGGCUGGUCAAUAUGAUAGAGGUGUGAAGUUGCUGGACAAGCUCAUCGAGAAGGAUAUCAUAUUAAGGCCUCAGAGUACUUUGCAUAUGGAACCGAGUGCUUACAAUCCGAUGGUUGAGUAUCUUUGCAGCAAUGGCCAGACUGCCAAGGCUGAAGCCCUUGUGCGGCAGUUGAUGAAAUUGGGUGUCCAGGAUCCCGUGGCCCUGAAUGCCCUUAUCUCUGGGCAUUCAAAAGAAGGGACACCUGAUUCUGCAUUUGAGCUUCUCAAAAUCAUGCUUAGGAGGAAGGUUGCUUCGGAGAAAAGUGCUUUUGAUUUGCUUGUAGAAAGUUACUUGUCAAAGAAGGAUCCUGGAGAGGCGAAGGCCGUGCUGGAUAGCAUGAUCGAGAAUGGUCAUUGUCCCGAUUCCUCGCUGUAUCGGUCGUUGAUGGACGCCUUGUUUGAAGAUGGACGGGUGCAGACUGCGAGCAGGGUGAUGAAGACGAUGCUGGAGAAAGGGGUGACUGAUCAUAAAGAUUUGAUUUUUAAGAUAUUGGAAGCUUUGCUCAUGAGGGGGCACGUUGAGGAAGCCCUCGGCCGAAUCGAGCUGCUGAUGCAGAGUGGCAUCGCUCCUGACUUUGACAGCCUGUUAUCCCUUCUGUGUGAGAAGGGGAAAACGAUUGCUGCCUUGAAGUUGUUGGAUUAUGGUAUGGAUAGGGACUACAGCAUUGAUGUAUUGAGCUGCGAGAAGGUUCUGGACACUCUCCUUGCUGCUGGGAAGACUCUCAAUGCGUAUUCAAUACUAUGCAAGAUUAUGGAGAAGGGAGGGGUUAGUGAUUGGAGCAGCUGCAAAGACUUGAUUAAGAAUCUGAAUGAAGGGGGUCACACAAAGCAAGCGGAUAUUCUGUCAAGGAUGAUUGUGGGGAAGGAGAAGCCAGCUCGUAGCAAGAAAGGAGAUAAGAAAGCAGCCAUGGCUUAAAUAUUCAUAAGUUAUUAGUUUUGCAGUCAUUCUUGAGGUGAGAAUUUGAUUCCUCCAUCUUGUUAUGAGACUUAGUUUUAAGGUUUCUGUGUUUUGAACUAUUUUGCAGCAUAGAAAGUCGUUUUAUCAGUUAAUAAUGCAGUUUUCAUCCAGAGUUAAGUUUCACUGUUUCAGUCUGAUUUGGAUGAUUGUAGUUGAUCUGGAUGUAUGUCUGUACAAACUUGGAUAAGGGUUUUUGUUUGAUCUGAUUUAUCAGUAUUUCUUGAUUCCAUGAAGUUUAUCA